ACUGAUGAAACAGAGACAUUGACUAUGACUGUGAAUUAUGAGGCACCAGCGGCAUCAGUUAAUUGGGACAUGCUAUUUCGUCUCCAAACGCCGAUUCGCCACCAAAUACAGCGGCCGAGUGGUUGGCGAAGCCCAAAAUGGCCGUGCAGUCGCCGUCAAAGUUGAAGCCCCCGAAGACCUUCUCAAAGAUGUCAGGGGCUACGCUCUACCACGCCAUUAUCUCAUCUGUAAAGUAUCCAGAAUCCUUCAGUCUCCAGCCUCCUCUGACCCCUUCUUCGAACUCUCCGAGUAUCUGAACACUUUAGCCCUAACCAUAACCACCUCAGAAGCCAGUGAAAUCCUCAAAGCCCUCAAAUCCCCUCGCAAAGCCCUCGAAUUCUUCCGCUUCUGUUCCUCAUCAAUCCCCGGUUUUAGACAUGAUUGCUUCACCUACAAUCGACUUCUUACCAUUUUGGCCAAGUCGUCUGCGCCCGAUUCUAUCCAACUUGUUCGUGGGAUUGUCGAUGAGAUGGAGCAAUUGGGUAUGAGAGGUAGCAGUUCCACUGUCAAUAUCUUGAUUGGGAUCUUUGGGAGCAGCAUAGAAUGGGCUAUGGAGCUGGAGAAGUGUUUGGGUUUUGUCAAGAAAUGGGACCUCAGUUUCAAUUCUUAUACUUAUAAGUGUCUUCUUCAAGCCUAUCUAAGGUUCAAUGAUUCCUCCAGAGCGUUUGAGGUUUACACAGAGAUUAGGAGGCGUGGAUAUAAACUUGAUAUCUUUGCAUAUAAUAUGUUGUUGGAUGCUCUGGCCAAAGAUGAAAAGGUUGAGCAGGCUUACAAAAUUCUCAGUGAUAUGAAGCGGAAGCAUUGUGAACCCGAUGAAUAUACAUACACAAUUAUGAUAAGAAUGACUGGAAAGAUUGGAAAACCAGAGGAAUCUCUUUCGCUGUUUCAGGAGAUGAUUAUGAAGGGUUGUACUCCUAACUUGAUUGCUUACAACACUAUGAUCCAGUCACUUUCUAAGAACCGGAUGGUAGACAAAGCAGUAUUUCUCUUCUCCAAAAUGGUUGAGAGCAACUGCCAACCAAAUGAAUUUACGUACAGUGUGAUUCUGGAAGUUCUGGCAGCAGAAGGGAAGCUUGGAAGACUGGAUGAGGUUUUAGAAGUAUCAAAGAAAUUUAUGAACAAGUCAAUUUAUGCAUAUCUUGUGAGGACACUGAGCAAGUUAGGACAUGCAAGUGAGGCCCACAGGGUAUUUUGUAACAUGUGGAAUUUUCAUGAUAGUGGGGAUAGGGAUGCUUACAUGUCCAUGUUGGAGAAUCUAUGCAGUGCUGGAAAAACGGUAGAGGCCCUGGAACUACUUAGUAAGAUUCAUGAGAAAGGAAUCAGCACUGAUACCAUCAUGUAUAACACACUAUUCUCAGCUCUUGGCAAGUUAAAGCAGAUACCAUACAUUCAUGAUCUUUACGAACAGAUGAUGAGAGAUGGUCCUUGCCCUGACAUAUUCACCUACAAUAUUCUGAUCGCCAGUUUUGGUAGAGCUGGCAAAGUUGAUGAGGCCAUUAAAAUCUUUGAGGAAAUGGAGAAGAGCAGUUGUAAUCCUGAUGUUAUCACUUACAAUUCUUUGAUUAACUGUCUUGGAAAAAAUGGUGAUCUUGUCGAAGCUCACAUGCGGUUCAAGGAGAUGAAAGAAAGGGGAUUGAAUCCUGAUGUAAUCACGUACAGCACACUCAUUGAAUGUUUCGGCAAGACCAACAGAGUAGAGAUGGCUUGCAGGUUUUUUGAUGAGAUGCUUGCUGAGGGUUGCUAUCCCAACGUUGUGACUUAUAACAUUUUACUUGAUUGUCUUGAGAAAAGUGGAAAGACAGCUGAAGCACUGGAUCUGUAUGCAAAACUGAAACAGCAGGGAUUAACUCCAGAUUCUAUCACAUAUGCAGUCCUUGAACGUUUGCAGAGCGGAUUACAUAGGACGGUCAGAAUACGCAGGCAGAACCCUAUUACAGGCUGGGUCGUAAGCCCGAUAAGAUGAUUAAAACAGUAGGGCAAAACAUGUGUUACAGGCAUUUGCUGUUAAUAGGUUUUGGCCCAUGUUACCUUGAGGAUCAGGGAUGAUUGAGGAGUUCUUAAGGGGAAUUGGUAACUGUAUUUGGAGAAAUGAAUUCAUUCAAGUGAACUUGGGAAUGGUACUGAUGGGUGAUAAGAUGCGCGUAAAUUGACUGAGAUGGUUUUGUCUAGUUCAGUGAGGAUCAACUAGAGCACCAGUGAGGAGUGAUGUGCAAAUUGGUGUUAGAACGACGACUAAUGGGAGGGCAGAGAUGAGCUGGUAAAAGUAGUGAGAAGCGACUGAAUUGCUUACGAGUGGACACCAGGUAUGGCCUGGAAUCUGAUAUGUAGUUCAGAAAGUGAUACAGGGAUUUUUAGUUGCUUGCUUUGCAUCCUUACUGCAUGUGUGCCUCAACAUUUUUUGUUUUUUCAUU